UUUGAACAGGAAGUCCGGGGUGCACCAUCGCCUGCCCCCGGGAGAUGCGUCCCCGCUCCCCUUUUCCUUUGGCCAUCCCAGCGGUGCGGCUUUUUUCCGGUGUUCCCCCAAUGCCGGGCUUUUUCCUGUUUACCCCCAAUACCCAAAAAACCCCCACACCGUUGCACAGAUCUGGAGGCCAGGCGGCGGCGGCGGCCGCCAUUGUGGGGCCCCGAUGGUACCUCAUUUGCCCUUUGAUGGACCAGCGAUUCCGCCCCCGAGGCCUCCGUGAUGAGGACCCAGCUUCAAUCCCCCACGCGUUACAGCGGCCAAUGAGCCCCCAGUUAGGCCGUCCUUCAUCCCCCACGUCCUGCAGCAGCAACGAGCAUUGGGUCCUCGACAUCCAGGCAUGCCUCCUCCGCAGCCCCUGAUGUCUCAUCCGAUGCAAUCAUGGCCCCCCUUCCGAUGAUCCCCCGCCGUUCCCCCCCCCUAUGGCGAUCCGCACAAUCACGCCCUCCGCCGGCACCGGUGGGCCCUCUGCCCCCUCCUGCCCGCCCCGUGGUUCAGUCAUCUCCUAAAAUUAACCCCACAGUCAUCCAAGCGGCCCCGACAGUCUAUACGGUUCCUCCAGUACGGAAAGUAGAGGAGGAGAAAGUACCAGAAGUCCCGAUAAUACCCGACGACAAGGACAUGAGCUACGAGGAAUCCGUGAUUGGACCCAGCAUGCCCGAAAUUGAGCCGAUGCAGCCAGAGGUGGUGCUGGAGCCGGUGCAGGAGGACAAAAAGAAGUCGAAGCCGGAGAAGAUGAAACGGUGCAUUCGAACUGCCGCCGGAACGAGCUGGGAGGAUCAGAGCCUCCUGGAAUGGGACACCGACGAUUUUCGGAUAUUCUGCGGAGACCUGGGGAACGAGGUGAACGAUGACAUCCUGGCGCGGGCCUUCAGCCGCUACCCGUCCUUCCUGAAAGCCAAGGUGAUCCGAGACAAGAGGACGGGCAAAACCAAGGGCUACGGCUUCGUCAGCUUCAAAGACCCCAACGAUUACGUCCGGGCUAUGAGGGAGAUGAACGGUAAAUACGUCGGAUCUCGUCCCAUCAAACUGCGGAAGAGCAUGUGGAAGGACCGGAACAUUGACGUGGUGCGCAAAAAGCAGAAGGAAAAGAAGAAGCUUGGACUGAGAUAA